AUGGAUCUUGCAUCAAUCACAGAAUGGACUCCUACAACUACUCCAACUUCAACUACAUUAUCAACCAUUGCUGCCACUUAUGUUCCAGCUUUACAAUCAAAACUCUCUAAUGCCAUCGACACAUUAACAUCCAAGGGAUCAACCAUUGAUAUAGUUGAUUAUAUUAGUGUCUCACGAAUAAUCCGUGGUGCUCAGGCAUCAUUAUCAAUCAUUUCUGCGCAACAAGUACUCGCUACUGCCACUAACAUUAACACCGCCACCGCCACCGCCACUGAUGUACAAUUACAAGCGCAAAUACAAGCGCAAGCGCAAGCAAUACAAAUCAUUUGGCAAGCAACAGAAAAUCUUCUAGAUUUGGCAUGGGAAAUGAAUGUUUAUGCUAUUCCAAAAUUAAAUCGUGUGGCUAAUAUCCUAUUCUUAGUGAUUUUCGCUAUAACCUUUGUCAUGACUUGUUUAAUGUGGAUUAAAUCUCGAUAUUGGUGGUUUAAUGUAUCUUGGACUUGUGGUACUGCAUUAGAAUUUUUAGGGUUUUUAGGUCGGGUAUUAUCAUUUGAUGAUAUGACAAAAUUUGAUUAUUAUUUAUUACAAUUAAUAACUCUUACAUUAUCACCAGUUUUCUUGAUGGCAGGAAUUUAUUUUUUAUUUGGUCAAUUGGUAGUUAUUCAUGGUCGACAAUAUUCAAUGUUAAAACCAUUACAUUAUUCGUAUAUUUUCAUUACUUGUGAUGUGGUUUCAUUAGUAGUUCAAGCUGUUGGUGGUGGUAUGACUUCUAUAGCGGCUCAACGGUAUGAAAAUGUUGAUUCUGGAACUUAUACUAUGAUUGCUGGCAUUGCUUUCCAAGUGUUUUCCAUGUCAGUGUUUUUAACAUUUUGGUUUGUAUUCUGUUGGAAUAUCUAUUUCCGUGAUAUAUCAGUCAAUGAAAGCAAACCAAGUUCAUAUUAUCAAAAGAAAUCUUUGAUUACAUUUAUUAAAUUAUUAUUGAAUGGGGAUGAUGCCAAUAAGUAUAAACUUCAAGUAUUGGAUAAACAUUAUAACCUUGGCUAUCAAGAUUUACGAGGUCGACCAUUGUAUAAUUAUUAUGCUAUAGCUAUUACAUCAGCUGUGAUUGCAGUUUAUAUUCGUUGUGUUUAUAGAGUGGUUGAAUUGGCCCAAGGAUUUAGAGGGUAUUUAAUCACUCAUGAAGCAUAUAUAAUGACAUUAGAUGCAGCAAUGAUUGCUAUUUGUUGUAUAAUUUUUAUGCUUUUCCAUCCACAAUUUGUAAUGGGAUCAAUUAAUGUCAUUGGAUUUAGAAGUAUUGCCAAGAAUCAAGAUCAAGAGAUGGGAGAUACAUCUACUGAGGUAAAAACUAAUGAAAUGAAAUCGUUAGUGUAA